AUGGUGGAGCAGGAGCUUGCGGAGACGGUGCUCAGGCGCGCUCGUGCGCACGAGAAGCAGAUCGCCGCUGAGGCACAGGCCGCGGAGGCUGCCGAGGCUGCGCGCAGGGCCGCGGCUGCGCAGGGCCAGGGGCGAGAGCCCACGGCCAGUGCUGGCGACGGCAGCCCGAGCGAUGCCGAGUCUCGGGCGGAACGCCAGACGGCGGGCGACGACGCCAUGGGCGACGAGGGGCUCACCCCUGCCGACCAGUACGCGUUCCUCAAAAAGGCUGGACAUGCGCCUCCCGCCGAGGAUGGGGCUGAGCGGCCUCCUGAUGAUGUGGUACGUGCUGCCUACGAGCGCUUCUUCGACGACCUCGGCGCGUCGCCACCGAAGAAGCAGCCGUGGAGGACCUGUGGGCAGCGUGGGCGUGACGGCGCGCACCCGCGAUGA